AUGCCGUCAGCCCUUGGUACAAGCGAUGGGCGAGGCAAGAGAGCGCGGCGCGCUGGCCGCCCUUCGUUUCGUGAGCAGCUCCAGUUGCCGCUGUUGCCUCCAUUUGCCAAAAGUCCGCGUCGUCGUCGAAUCCCUGCUGUAGCCACCACCACCACCAUCGCAAUGAAGGACGGAGUCUGCACGCUGAGCGCAACUGUGCUGGAGGCGCACGCACUGGGCGGCACUAAGAUGUUUGAGGUCAAGGUGUUCUGCAAGGGCAAGAGCACGUCGGUCUACAAGAGCAAGGAGGACUUUAAGAGCGUGCUCGAUAUGUUUCGCCUCGUGGGGGCCAUGUGCCGCGCUAAGAGCGACCGUUGCGAGAUUUGCGCCGCCUGCAGCACCUUGAGCCCAGGGCGCGUAUGUGACGAGAACUCGCUCGAUGAGUUCCUGGGCAGCGUACUGACCAAGCUACGCGAAGCUGAGCCUGUUGCCAUCGAGCAGUGCAGCACGCACCGCGGUGUUGUGCAGAUUUUUAUGGACUUUCUUAACGUGCGCAACGGCAAGUAUUUCUGUGAGCUGACCCCCGAGAUGGAGGAGGAAAUCAGUCCCAAGAGCAACAACAGCCAAGAUCUGCAAGACGACGACGUGGAUCUAGAUCACCCGGUCUCGCGCUGUUCUCUUAACCGCACGCUCUCAGAGCAGUUCGCUGCUAUGGACUCGGUGUGCUAGCGGAAGUAUGCCAGCACACUGCACAACUACCAACAACCCACACGCGCGAGCUCCCGCAUUUCCACUAUAUAAACGAAAGCAAGUAUGUAAGCGAGCAGCGCAGCUCCUCAGCAGCUCCCACAAGGACCCGGCUUUCGCCCUGCGAAGCAGGAUUGUAGAUUCCCCCCGACAAGACCUUCUUUUUCCGCUGUGUAGCUUGUUUUCGUCUCGAGAGAAGUUGAUAGCGCACUACGGAAGACCCCGGUCUAAGACCCUACCAAGGCGUCGACGAUUCCAUGCGUACAAUAAUUGAACCGAAUAAUAUAAGAGAUGCUGGCUUCGGUGUGCGCC